AUGUGUGGCUCAAAUGAUGGAAAUACUGCUGGAGCAUUGGUGUCUGCUUUUAUUUUGAGGGUUGGUAUCGGUGACCCAUAUUCUGUUGUCUUCCAUCUUCCUGGAAGCUACGGGAGCCUUGAUGCCUGUAGAACUAAUAAUCGUGACUUGACCCUAGAAGUGAGUUGUCAAAUGGAUACUGGAAUAUCUGAAGGUCUCCUGAUUGCUCUUUUAAAACUUUUGAUGAAGUACCUGAUGGACGAUUCUGUUAAAAUUGUAGAUAUGGCAUCUCAAGCUCUUCGGGCAAUUCUUUCUACCGAAAGGGGUCAAAAAGCUCUGCAGUCAUUUGUUUCGUACAAGAGAUCUCUUGUUGAGGUCCACUCGAAGGGUAUUAAUCUUGAGCUAGUAGAAAAAUUCCAUUCAGAUCUCGAAAGGAAAUAUAAAGCAAUGUCAUUGGACGAUUCAACCCUAUGGGAGACACAUGGUAAAAAUUUUGAGACAUGGAUUUGUCCGCUUGCCUACGUGCUAUGUGGCUAUUGUAAUGAUGUAAUUCUAAGGUUAUGCCAGGAGGUUGCUUUUUCGAAAGCUGAAGUUGCAGAGCUUCUAUGGCCAAGUAUUUUCGUCAAUCUGGCUGGGAGGGGGAAUAUAGAUAUUAAUCUUCAACUUUUGAUCUCCUCAAAGGUGCAAGAACAUAUUUUUGCAGAGUCUAAUAGAUUAAUCAAAUCAAUUCAAGUCUUCUUGAAUGCCCUUAAUGAACUUCGGUUGUGUUUUUUCAAGGAAAGAUCUUCUGUACCAUCGAAACAAGAAAUUUCUAAGCCUUUUAGUUAUGGCUCUAAAUCGCGUUCAUCCUCUGGAAAGGCUAGAGAAUCAGCAGCUACACUGAAGGCAAUGCGAAGAACAAGGCAAAUUUCCAUGCAAAUGUGUUCGGAGAACUUGAGUUUUGGAACUUUGCCCGUGCUUUUGCUCGUCCUUUUUGAAAUUGGCUACUACAAGAAAGAUUGGCAUAAUACACAUAAUAUUUGUCCUCGCAUCAUGCUUGAGGCAUUUGUGAAAUAAAUGCAUAACACUGGGUCACCUUUUCCUUUCAUUGCUGACAAGUAUAAUGUUCCCAGGCAUAAGAUCAUUUCAUCAACGUGUGUAUAGACUUGUGGAUCAUACUUUACUGCCGUGAUUUACGUGGAGCAUUGGUGUGAA